GACAAAGAGUUUGUUGGCUAGCUACGUUAGUUGAAUAGAGUUACCUCACAUUAGCUGCUAGCUUUACGAGGUUUCGUUUUCGUACAAUGUCCUCGGCUGAAGCUGUGCCUGGCCGAUAUGAUCUCCAGUAAUGUUUUUAACAUUUUAUAAACGGGAAGAUGCACUAUUACAGAUAUGAAAACGCAGAGGUCAGCUGUUGCUAUAAAUAUCUCAUGUUCAGCUACAACAUCAUUUUUUGGCUGGCUGGAUCAGCAUUUAUUGCAAUUGGCUUCUGGGCCUGGAGUGAAAAGGGUGUGCUAUCAGAUCUGACGCAAGUAACAAGUCUACAUGGUUUUGACCCUGUCUGGGGGGUUUUAGUUGUGGGCGCAGUCACUUUUAUUUUGGGCUUUGCAGGGUGUGUUGGAGCACUUAGGGAGAACAUAUGCCUCCUUAAAUUUUUCUCUGGAGUCAUUGGGUUUAUCUUCUUCCUGGAGCUGACAGCAGCAGUGCUGGCAUUUGUUUUCCAGGGACAAGUCAGGGAAUGGAUGAAUGAUUUCUUCAUGGCCAAUGUGAAGGCUUAUAGGGAUGACAUUGAUUUACAGAACCUGAUCGACUCAAUCCAGAGAUUAAAUUAUUGUUGUGGAGCGAAAGAGCCCAACGACUGGAAUCUUAAUGUAUAUUUUAACUGCUCAAAUGAUAAUCUCAGCAGAGAGAGAUGCGGAGUGCCAUUUUCCUGUUGUGUCAGUGAUCCUGCUGAUAACGUGGUGAAUACUCAGUGUGGGUAUGAUGUUAGAAAAACUGGCUCAGCGUCCCAGUGGACCAACACCAUUUAUACUAAAGGAUGCAUCAAAGCUUUAGAGGAGUGGCUUCCAAGGAAUCUGUACAUUGUGGCAGGAGUCUUCAUAGUCAUAUCACUUUUACAGAUGGUGGGAAUCUUCUUGGCAAGGACGCUGAUCGGAGACAUUGAAAAGGUCAAAUUUAAUUAUUAGAGGUCGCCGCAUGACUGUGAAAGAUGCAGAUCUCAUUCCUCUGCAUCUCCUUUGUGGUAAUCCUGAAUUUGUGUGGAGAAAAGGACUCUCUGGACCACAUCUUUAACAUUUCUGAAGACCAUAUAAUGAAUACACAGUGGCCUAGUUUGUUUGAAUACAGUCACACAUGUGCCUUGUAUCUUCUGCAAGUUUACCUCCAGAUUUACUUUUUUGUCGUUGAUGAAAGCACGUUUUGGAUCCUUUUAUAGGACAACUAUAACCCAACCCUUCUAAAACCAAACUAAAACCAAGCAUUAUACAUAUACUGCUGACAAGUGAUCUCACUUCAGUAGAUACAGUCAAUAGAUGUAAUCACUUACAAAAUGCAUCUGUAAGAUCAUUGCAGUAAACUAAACUGAAUACAUUUUUUUCCUAAGAGAUUGUUUUCAUAUUAAUAGUUAUCAUUAAAUGUAUAGUGUCUGCAAUGUAUGCAAACAGAAAAUGCCUUUGGGUAGAUAUCAAACAUCAGGUAGUUUGAGUCCAUCUAACAGAUUACAUAAACAGAUUUUAUUCUAAGCAACUAGAAUGACAGUGUUGUUUUUUUUUGGUAAAGCAUUUUGAAUGGAUCCUUUUACCUUUAGUAUCUUGGAGCAUGUUGGAACUGUAAAGACCAACAUUGCCUUUGAGAUGCCAACACUUUUUUCUAUUUUUAUACAUAAAUGCAGGUUGUGCCUUUUUUCUGAUGUUGAAGAUUUCUGAAAAUGUAUUUUGUUCCACUUGUUUUUUUGAAUAGAUUGAAACCAAGUUUUCAAGUCUUCAGAUUUUAACCCUUACAGCCAAUACAUCUCAAACUCUUAUUUACAACACAUAACUUUAACAUAUCCUCCUCAGGGGAUCAUGGGUAAUGUGACACAAUAUGCAUUCUGACCAAAAUACAUACAACUGCCUAUCACCACCUGAACAGCAACCUUUACUGUUCUCUCUAACCCAAAGACUUGUAAUGUCUGCAUCUAGCUGUUUUUUUUACAGUUUUGUAGUAGAAUCCUUUUAUAAUGACUUAUUAAAUGAUCAUUCAAAAAUGAAAAUAUAAAAGUUUAGUUACUGUUCUUAAUUCAGAAUGCACUAUUUUGUCCCAGAUUUGUAAUUUUUUUGGUGUCUGUCUGUGUCAGUGUAGUGUAAAGUUGCUUGAUAGUAUAUUUACUCAAAUGCAGUACAUUUUUUGUUACCUUAAAAACGUUCUUUUCAUGAAGGGAUGUUUUUUGUGUGUAGAUGCCGUUUGUUGUUAAAGUCAUUUGUUGUGUGUUAACUUUGUAAAUAUUUUCAUAAUUCCUUCCAUUACUUUUAUAUUCAAUAAAAAAUGAGUUUAAGGUUA